CGUUCUUCUCCCUCUCCUCCCGUCGCCGCCACAUCUGGACCGGCGAAUCAUCCGCCGCGAACCUGUAACACCCUAGACGGCGACAGCCCUCCCCUCCCACGGCGGCACACCCUAGCCAGACGCCUCACCUAGUCACCUCCACCUCCGGGGGAUCGCGACGCCGACGCCCCACCGAGCCUGCAGCGUCCCCACCUCCGCAGCGGCGGCCCCCAAACCCCAGCCAAGGUCACAGAAAGCCAGACCUAUGGACUUCCACAACAUCGAUGAUUAUUUUCAUGAAAACAGCCCGGCACAAGGGGGCGAAGGAGCUGCAGAGGCUAGCGCCGAGGCAAUUCUGGAAAGGGUGUACCGUGACACCGCGUUUGGAUCUGAGAAGCUGCUCAAUCUAGACAUGCUGGUCAUGGAGAUCGCUCGCCGAGCCUCUGAUAUCGAGCCUCUCAUGUGGGACCCUCGUUCCAUUUCUUCCGAGUCAGUUGGCAAGGCUUUCGAAUUCGAUGUCCUGCACGGUAUUGUAGAUUCGGAAGUCAGCGAGUUGGAGAAGCUAGCUGCCUCUAUUCAGACAGAUAUUGGCAAUGCUGAAACCAAGGCAUUGGGGGGAGAACCCGGGAGCAGAGUGACCGAUGAGCUGUGCGCGCGGAAGGAGUCCUUGAAGCAGAUGCAAGAUGUAAUUUCUGAUAUUAGAACACAGCUUGCAACCUUUGAGAAUGCCAUACAACCUUCACAUGGCAAACAAGGAAAUAGUGAGGGUAUGGGAUAUGAAAAUGGUCAUAUAUCAGGUCACACUGCUAUGCAGGCUGAGGACCAGAGAAAUGUACUGCAGAUGUUACAACAGUCGAUAGCAAGCAAGCUAGAUCUUGAAAAUAAGCUACGUGAUUCGCAGUCUGUUGUGGAAGACCUCAAAAUGAAGCUGCAUCACGCAGAACAAGAAUCAUGUUUCUUGGAGGAAUCCAUCAAAGAGCUUUAUGAAAGAACGUUGUCGGCAGAAAAUGCUUCCCAAUUGCUUCUUGGAACUUCAAAGGAACUCGUUGCCAAAUUUAAUACCACCCAGUCCUAUUUAAGUGCUUCAAUUCGCAGGGAAGAUGAUCUUAAAUCAAAGUUAGACGAAAACUUGAUGAAGCUAAGUGGCAACAAGAGCACCAGGGAGACAGUGCUUGGAGACAGUGACAACAAUGCUAACCAGGAGCCUGUGCAGAUGCGGGUGCUAUCACGUCCUGAGUUCCAGAAUUUAUGGAAUAAGGUUCAGCAGCUGGAGGAAUUGUUGAGGGACUCUGGCUCUCAACUGCAGCAAUCAUCUCUUUCAAGAGGGGCAGAUGAAGAAGAGCAGGAUACAGCGCAAUCUGGGAUAAGCGCGUUUGGGAAUGUUAUCGCUGAUUUCAAGCUUGCCAUUUCCAAUGCAGAAAGUAGAGCACAAAAUGCUGAGACAAGGUGUACACAGCUCACUCGAACGAAUGUUCAGCUUAAUGGGGAGUUGAACACUCUUAAAAGUCAGGGAUCAGAUAGGGCUGGCUUAUUGGAGACGAAACUUAAGGAAUCAGACACUCAGUUAGAGCAUGCAAGAGCAUCGGUUGAUGCUAUUGUUGAACAACAGGGUAUGUUAAGAUCCUCCAUGUCUGAUAUGGAACUGGUGAUUGAAGAUAUGAAGGAAAAGUACUUGAAAGCUGAAACCAGGGCCGAGAGUGCUGAAUCAAAAUGUGCAUUGUUGACAGAUACCAAUUUAGAACUCAGUGAAGAGCUGUCAUUUCUGAGAGGCCGAGUAGAAAGGCUAGAAAACUCACUGCAUGAAGCUAACCAACUAAAGGUGUCCAGUGCAAAAGACAUUGCUAGUAAAACUAAGACUAUCAUGGACUUGGUUGCAAAACUUUCCUUGGAAAGAGAACGCCUUCAUGUUCAGGUUGUUACGCUGGCGAAAAAGAACGGGGCGUUGGCUCAAAAGUGCAAAGAAAAUGUUAGCGAGCGCACAUUGCUGUGCAAGAAUGUUACCACAGGCGAAGGUGUACUUAGGCCCGUUCAAGUAAAAGAGGAGGUUGAAGCCGAUGAGGUGGUGAUUCCAGACGAAUGCACAGUGCGAUCUAUCGAGCCGACGACGAUGACGAUGGUAAACUGGAAGUACAUUUCCGCGGCAGUCCUGGCCUUGCUGGCUGCCGCCGUCGUGUUCCAGCUAUUACGUGCCAAUCUGAUGAUGACGACGGCGGUUAACGAUUGCUGAGGCAAUUUGUAGGCUAGGAGUAAGAGAUGGAAUAAAGCAGGACAGCUUGUGUUUUACAUGCAAAUUAUUAUUAUCCAUC